UCGACAUGUCGAUGAGUAGAUUCUACACCUUUUCUCAACGUUGGAAAAGAAUGAGAGAACUCAAGUCAAGACGUUGCGCUAGCUACUGUUUUGUCGGAUUCGGACAGUCUUUUGACCGGGCUAACAGUUUCUGUCAACUCCCUGCGAGCUUAUAGAGGGGACGGAUGGACGAAUCUACAUGUAGUUGGGCGUGUGCAGAAACGGAAAGUCAUGAUGCUGCUCUCUAGUCUAGGCUACAAUAAUUGUAGGUGAUGUUUUCUAGUGUUGUCACUGAGUAAAACCUUGAUCAAAUCAGCUUUGACGAAGUGUGCUUCGCGGUGCUUGAAAAUGGCGUCAUUUGGGAAGCGGCAGAAGUCAAAGAGCUUCGCAGUCUCGCCAGCAGGCCACAGCCACAAUGCGAAACCUCUGAACAGACGUGCAACCUCUACUUCGCUGGAGCUGACGCUGCAGGCGCAGGCGAGAAUGCGCCCGAAGACGUCGACAAGUGUUCGUCUGGCCACGCGUAACGCCGACGCAGCGCUGCAAUGUUGGGUUCUGCCUACUUCGGAGGGCGGUGCAGGUGGUACGGUGGCUAAUCUUCUCGAGAGGGCGGCGAGUACGAUUAGCCUGACUGGAGUGGCUGAGGAAGGUGCUGACGGUGACUUCUUGAGAAGAGUUCUGAAGAGCGGUCAACUGACUGGUCUGCACAAGGCAUGUGCACAAGGAAAUAUCAACGCAGUAGUCAGCAUUGUGAAGAUCGACAGCGAGCGUCAAGGGCAGCUUGGCUACGCCGGACUCAGCGAGCGCGACGUCUUUGGUCGAACGCCGCUGAUGUACGCGGCCGUGGCGGACUCCAAGCCGUGCCUGGACAUGCUGUUGACAUGCGGUGCCAAGAGAGAAGUGCGUGACCCCAAUGGCCACACUGCUGUGCACUAUGCAGCAUACUUUGGACAGCAUCGUGCACUGAAGUUCUUGAUAGAGGCCGCGUGUGACUGGGCACCACACGACAUCUAUGGACGGCCACCGCUACACAUCUCCAUCAGCAGUGACAGCGUGAAGUGCUUACAGCUUUUACUCAAGCACUGCAGUGUUGUUGGGGGUGACGUGGAUCUGGUGGACAAGGAGUCAAUGACGGCGUUGCACGUUGCAGCUCAUUGUGGCAAGGCACAGCAUCUAUCCACUCUGCUCAAAGCUGGGGCAAGCCCAAAGGCAGUGGACAUGGAAGGCAAAACAGCUAUGCACUGGGCAGUGACCAACACCGAUGCAACAUGCAUCACUACCUUGCAUCAGGCCUAUCCAGCCAUCGUCAACAUGAGGGAUAUCUACAGUGAGACAGUUCUGCACGUCGCCUCCAAGCUGGGUUAUGCACACAUUGUGGACGCUGUGUGCUCAAUGGAAAAUUGCAACAUGGAUACGAAGUGCCGUGAUGACCAGUCUGCACUGCACCUGGCCACUAUUCACUGUCAGAACUCCUGCGUCAGCACUCUGUUACGACAUGGUGCUCUGGAUGCCUGUGUGGAUUCCUUUGGGUUGAGCCCCUUGCACUACGCAAUCAUGUCAGGUAGCGUGGACGUUGUCCGUCUCUACGCUCAGCUAGAAUCGCUGGCCAACUUGCCUGACUCUGAUGGACGCCGGCCACUCCACUGGGCUGUAACGGAGGACAACGCUGAAAUGCUGGCGCUGCUGUUGGAACAUCCGGACAUGCAGGGCGAUGUGAACAUAGAGGACAAGAGGGGCAUGACAGCUGCUCAUCUUGCUGUCGAGAAUGGCAGCACAGACUGCCUCUCAGAGCUGCUCAACGCCAACGCCACCGUGAAUAAGAGGUCCUCCGAGGUGGAGUCACCGGUGUUUGUGGCAUGCGAGACCGGCAAGGCGCAGUGCUUGGAGUUGAUCAUGAGGUCUGGUUGCAACCCGAAUCUGGGCAGUUUCGAGGGACUGCCGUGCCUGCACGCCAUCAUCCUCGGCCAGCACACAGCUUCACUAAAAGUGCUGCUCAGUUACAGUGCCGAUGCCAACGUGUACGAUGCCGAAGGAACCAGUGCACUCCAGGCCGCAGCAUUCAGUGGCAACCAAGCGGCGGUGACUGAGCUGCUCCUGAACGGAGCGAGGCCUGAUGACCAGGGCUCCUCUGGGUUAACUCCGCUGCAUCUUGCAUCUGGUAGCGGUCACGAUGAAGUCGUGGAGGCGCUGCUUCAGCGAGGUGCUGCCGUCAAUGUCAGAUCGUUUGCGGAAGAAGACAUCACAGCACUGGACGCAGCCAAGCAGAAUGGCCAUGACGGAUGUGCAGCCAUAUUGCAACAGUGCGGUGGCAUGACGAUGGAGGAGAUCCAGAGCAAGGCAGCGACGAUAAUUCAAGCCGUCUCCCGGGGCUACCUGGCGCGCCGGAGCAUGCUGUGGCUGGUGGAGCGCAGGCUAGCCGUGGUGGCUAUUCAGAAAACUGUGCGAGGCUUCCUUCAGCGCAGGAGAUUCCAGUCGAUGCUGCAGAGGAGAAAUGCUGCUGUGACCAUACAGAGUUACUGGAGGGGACACUUGGAGCGGUGCAGCUACCGUAAAAAACUCACAGAGUGCAACCAGCAGGCAUAUCACCAGCGUCUUAUCCACACGCUGCAUGACCAGCUCACACAGAAGUGGAGGCAGGAGGGCUUGACGAGGACACCGCCCAAGGCGCAGCCUCCGGUGCAGACCAGGAAACAACUCCAGAAGAAUCCCCCGCAACCAAUACUACCACCAGCGUACGACCUAGAACCGGUGAAGUCUGUGACCAAGAUGCUGGAAGAGGAAAGCACAGAGGAGCGGCAGGAGCGGAUAGCUAUGGAGCGCAGGAAGCGCCUGGAGAUGGCACUGGCAAUGCGUGAACAGCACGCCACCAAGGUGAAGCAGGUGCAGCACUUCCAUGAACAGGAGAAGCAGCGGAUCAGGCAGAAAGAGCUUGCUAAGCAACGAGAGCACUACAGUGGCAUCGUGCAGGCCAGCGUGCAGCGACAUCGGCACGGCCGCGCGCUGAUGCACCACUCCCACACGGUGCGCUCCACCGUCACGGCCGCCAUCUCCGUGCAGCGCUGCUUCAGAGUGUGGCGGGACAAGAUCCGACAGAAACCGCUCGUCGAGCGAGAGCAGAAGCAGCGACUGCAUACGGAACAGCACGCCGCCGAGGCCAUUCAGUCCACGUGGCGCCAUUACCAGAGCAUGAAGAAGGUCAAGGAGGCUAAGCAGCUGCUGAAUCAGUACAGAGUGGAGUCAUUGAUGCGUGGCACCGAGGCAGAGAUGAACGUUGCACGCUACCAACAGCCAACAUUGCAGAAACGUUUUCAGUCAAGAAAGCUCCUCACAUCACCUCCUCCUCCUCCGGCCACAGGCAAAACUUCCUCACAGCCACCUAAACUAGGAGAGCAGGCAAGUCGCAAGUCAUUUUCACUACCGUCUGCUCCAGGGACGGGCAGAACAAUGCGGCACUCUACAUCACUCGCUGCACCGUCUACCUUUAAACCCCCUAGGACGCUCCAGAGCCAGCCAAAGUCAAUGAGGACCUCUCGCGCCGUAUCUGUGAAUGCGCCACCCGCUCGCCAACCUGAUAAUGACGAACUGUUGGAUCUAAUGAGCUCCCUUCCAAAGCGUUCCAUGAGCAGCAGGAAUGUUCAAUCAUCAAAUCCUCUGCAAAGAAGAGACAGCAAGCCACACGGCGGCUCACAAGAUUCUGCCAGUGAAGUUGCUGCGCCCCUGUCGAAAACUAAACACAGGCGGUGGAGUAUUCCUUCUCGCCCAGUUCUGCCGAGAAUAGCAGAUCUCUGAACUCAUUACCCUUGCAAACAGUCAAUGCAGCUUGCUUGGGCGUUGGAUGCCUGUGCUUCAGCCCGCUGGAUCAUGGAAUCAAUUGAGAUUUGACCUACAUUGUAAUUGGUGCAAUCCUUGAUAGUUGAUGCAAAUAAAAGUUGCUCCAAGAUUAGUAAGAGAAAGAGCUAUGAACUUUAUACUUGAAGGCAUUCUGCACUGGUAGAAUUUGGAAACUAAAUGUGACAUCCAAUCUGCCACUUUUCAGAAAUGAACCUUCUAAAAAAGGAA